GGAAGAAUGAAUCAGGGAAAAACUUAUGACUGCAACAGCUACAAGAAAAGACCUCAUGAUAGUCAAUAUGGGCCCUCAACACCCAUCAAUGCAUGGUGUUCUUCGACUCAUCGUUACUCUAGAUGGUGAAGAUGUUAUUGACUGUGAACCAAUAUUGGGUUAUUUACACAGAGGGAUGGAAAAGAUUGCGGAAAACCGAACAAUUAUACAAUAUUUGCCUUAUGUAACACGUUGGGAUUAUUUAGCUACUAUGUUCACAGAAGCAAUAACCGUAAAUGCACCAGAGCAGUUAGGAAAUAUUCAAGUACCCAAAAGGGCUAGCUAUAUCAGAGUAAUUAUGUUGGAAUUAAGUCGUAUAGCUUCUCAUUUGUUAUGGCUUGGCCCCUUUAUGGCCGAUAUUGGUGCGCAGACCCCCUUCUUCUAUAUUUUUCGAGAAAGAGAAUUAAUAUAUGACCUAUUCGAAGCUGCUACCGGUAUGCGAAUGAUGCAUAAUUAUUUUCGUAUCGGAGGAGUAGCUGCUGAUCUACCUCAUGGUUGGAUAGAUAAAUGUUUGGAUUUUUGCGAUUAUUUUUUAACAGGGGUUGCUGAAUAUCAAAAGCUUAUUACGCGGAAUCCUAUUUUUUUAGAACGAGUUGAGGGGGUGGGCAUUAUUGGAGGCGAAGAGGCAAUAAAUUGGGGUUUAUCAGGACCAAUGCUGCGAGCUUCUGGAAUACAAUGGGAUCUUCGUAAAGUUGAUCAUUAUGAGUGUUACGAUGAAUUUGACUGGGAAGUCCAAUGGCAAAAAGAGGGGGAUUUAUUAGCUCGUUAUUUAGUACGAAUCGGUGAAAUGAAAGAAUCCAUAAAAAUUAUUCAACAGGCUCUAGAAGGAAUUCCGGGGGGGCCCUAUGAGAAUUUAGAAAUCCGACGCUUUGAUAAAGUAAGGAAUCCCGAAUGGAAUGAUUUUGAAUAUCGAUUUAUUAGUAAAAAACCUUCUCCAACUUUUGAAUUGUCGAACCAAGAACUUUAUGUAAGAGUCGAAGCCCCAAAAGGGGAAUUGGGAAUUUUUCUCAUAGGAGAUCAGAGUGUUUUUCCUUGGAGAUGGAAAAUUCGCCCACCAGGUUUUAUCAAUUUGCAAAUUCUUCCUCAGUUAGUUAAAAAAAUGAAAUUGGCCGAUAUUAUGACGAUCCUAGGUAGCAUAGAUAUCAUUAUGGGAGAAGUUGAUCGUUGA